CCCCCCCCCCCCUUCUCGCUCUCUCUCCAGAAUGUCUUAUGUGCCUCCUCAUCUCAGGAAUUCCAUUACCACCAAAGCCACAUCAACAACAGCCCUAGACUGUAACACUGAUUAUUAUUCGAACCUCACCUCUCCAUUCUCUCACUCCAACCAUUCCAACAGCAAUCACAACAACACUAGCAUUAGCAACAUUAACUGCAACAAUUUCUCGUCGGCGUCCUCCAAUGCAGCUCGUCGGAGCUCAGGCAACGCCCCCUACCCCGUCUUCCCUCAAUGGAACCCAUCCGAACGCGUUCUCCGUCUUAAACCUGAACAGAUAGAAGAGGUACGUCUACGGCUUAGUGUUGAUGUUACUGUUGCUCAGGACUCUCCUCCUGCUCCUGCUCCAAUAGAAUCAUUCACAGAUAUGUGCUUGCACGCUAGCAUCAUCAAGGAUAUUGCCUUUCACGAAUACACUAGUCCUACUUCUAUUCAAGCUCAGUCCAUGCCAGUUGCUUUGAGCGGAAGGGAUCUUUUAGGUUGCGCUGAGACAGGAAGUGGCAAAACUGCAGCAUUCACCAUUCCUAUGAUACAGCAUUGCCUUGCUCAGCCUCCUGUACAGCGUGGUGAUGGGCCUCUGGCAUUGGUAUUAGCUCCCACAAGGGAGCUUGCACAACAAAUAGAGAAAGAGGUUAAGGCUUUCAGCCAAUCUUUGGAGUCUUUCAAAACUGCCAUAGUUGUGGGUGGGACCAACAUUGCUGAGCAGAGGUCUGCGCUAGGAGCAGGGGUGAAUGUGGUGGUUGCUACUCCUGGAAGAUUUAUUGAUCAUUUACAACAAGGAAACACAUCUCUCUGUAGAAUUUCAUUUGUUGUUUUGGAUGAAGCUGAUAGAAUGCUUGACAUGGGGUUUGAACCCAAGAUAAGAGAGAUCAUGCAGAAUCUUCCGGAAAAGCAUCAAACUUUACUGUUUAGUGCGACCAUGCCAGUGGAGAUUGAAGCACUAGCACAGGAGUACUUGACUAAUCCGGUGCAAGUGAAGGUGGGAAAAGUGAGUAGCCCAGCAGCAAAUGUAUCCCAAAUUUUGGAGAAGGUUUCUGAAAAUGAGAAGAUUGAUCGACUUCUAGCUUUGCUUGUUGAGGAGGAUACUCAGGCUGAAAGAUCUGUCCAUCCAUUUCCUUUGACCAUUGUAUUUGUUGAGCGGAAGACUAGGUGUGAUGAAGUUGCAGAAGCGCUGAUAGCACAAGGUUUGCAAGCUGUUGCUCUUCAUGGUGGCCGUAGUCAAAGCGAAAGAGAGGCUGCCCUUCAUGAUUUUAGGCGUGGUCAUACUAAUAUCUUGGUUGCCACUGAUGUUGCAUCUCGUGGUCUAGACGUUUCUGGGGUUGCUCAUGUAGUUAAUCUAGAUCUUCCAAAGACCAUGGAAGAUUAUGUACACCGUAUCGGUAGGACAGGCCGUGCUGGAUCAACAGGCCGAGCUACUUCAUUUUACACUGACCGUGAUACGUUCCUUGUCACCCAAAUAAGGAAAGCAAUAGCAGAUGUGGAAUCUGGCAACACUGUGGCUUUUGCCACUGGGAAGGUUGCUAGAAGGAAGGAGAGAGAAGCAGCAGCUGCCCAAAAAGACGCUCAGAUUGCACUGUCCAAACUCGCACUGAUGGGACCCACGUCAAUAAGUGUGGAGGAUAAGUACAAGUACAUGAUUGCCCCGUCUAUGUUCAAGAAAGAGGGUGUAGCAGAUGGUGCUUGGGAUGAUUGAUAUAUAUUUUUAUUGCAUGGAACUUUGGUGCACUUCACAGUGAAGUCCCCAAGAACUCAAGGUUGCCAAGUCACUGACGAAGAAAUCAUGCAUAUAAGUAUACAUAUGCUGCCCAAGACUUGGGGCACGAAGUGCAAAACAUGUUGAAGCUGACAUUGUAAAUACAGAUUCCACUUUCUAUUGGUUCUUUAUACCAUCUGAUGAUGUUGGGGACAAUUGUCGGUGUUUUCAGACUUUGUAAGGUUUGUUGAUGCAUAUUUGUAACCGUCGGCUUAAAAACUUCGUUUUAUUGGAAAGAUGUAGUUUAGCUGGACUCUCUCUCACAAACUGGAAAAUCUUUGGCUCUGUCGAUCGAUAUUGGCUUUACAUCCAUGGAACACAAGUGUAAUACA